AUGACAAUUGCUAAAGUGUUCCAGGGCAAAAUUUCCACAAAAUUUCCACGGCGCAGUCAUGGUUCGGUGAAAAAGGUCAGCAUCCCUAUCCACCACCUGCCAUCCGAGGUAGUCGUUCAUCUCAGCAAACACAUCGAAUCUGCGGCUUCCGAACAGGUUAUGAGCACCACUCCCAUUGGUCAUGGAAGACGAUGGCCCGGGUCAUCGAAACGGCCGAGGUUUCUAAACGAUGCGUUCAAGGCAGCGGUUCGCUACCCGCGAGAUUAUGAUUCCUUCGUACCCGCGUCCGACCUCAGCAUCGUCGAAUUCAUUGCUAUGGACUUACCACGGGUCUCCACCACGCCCUCUGUCGACUUUGUCGACGAAUUAUUCUCCUUCGAGCCAGCCUUCGCCGAACCCUUACCGAUCUUAGCCAUUGAUAUGCCUCCCGCCGAUCUCCUUCACAAAAUUUGGGACAUGCUCCCGCAAAAAUGGCUAGAUGGCUAUCAAUCUAUUCGUGGGCUUUCUUCGCACUACAAUAUUCCUUUCUGCAUAAUCUCCCUCUGGAUGGACCUUCUAUCCGCUACGACCAUGCAGCCCCGAUGGAUGCGAGCUUACUCCUGGUUUCAUAACAUUGCACUCCCUCUCCCCGUUCCGGCUCAUCUCUCAUACAUUCCCAACGCGAUUGAACGUUUCUUCGAGGUCAUGGGAUGGGACGUUCAUCUGUGUGGUCCCUCGUCCUUGAAGUCGACACACCUCAUUGAGCUUUUUGGACGAGGGAUGCUUAGCGGGAGAAUUGUUGAGAGCGGCAUGGAGAUGUUUCGCAACUGGGCCUCGCAAGAUCCCGGCCUCCGCACUGUCCAGGUCGAAACAUUCGAUUUUCAAUACCCGUUUACCGUCAAAGACAUCGACUGGUCGACCUUCGCCGACGACGACCACCACAGUCACUUCGGAUACCUCCGUACGAUCGCUCAGGCCAUCCGUAGUUCUCACAUCACCAAGAUCAUCGCUCCCAUCCACAUUCCCAAUGUCGACCACUUCUCGGCAGCUUCAAUCGACUUUGUAGAUGGCACCAUUAGCUACGGUGAUGGCCUCGGGUUCUCUAUGCCGGGGCGAGAUUUUGAGGGAGUUAGGAAUUUAGGAGAGAAGGCGGGAAAACCCUUACUUCACUCGUGGCGGCAGAUGGAACGACCGGUGCAGGAUGAUGGAUUUUCUUGCGGGAUCAUUGCGUUGAAUGUUUGCGAGAAAGAGCUCUGGCCACAGACACGGUUAUGGGAGUCUGCCACAAAGGACUUCGAGAGGAUUGAGUUUGCACUUCUCCUUGCCACAGGAGCGGGAUGCUCUUAUUCUUUGGAGGAUUUUGGAGUCAACUCAGACAUCAUCACCGCACGUCAUGAUGGUCGUCGUGCUGCUCGCACGCCACUUACUCCUUCACAACGCUCGGAUUUGAUUCCUCCUCCUCCUCCUCCUCCUCCUCCUCCUCCUCCCAGCCAACCAAUCUCCGCAUCGACGUCAUCUUCAGAACCCGAGAGCGACGAGUGUGAGGGGAGUGAAUGGGACAUGUUGUAUGAUGACGGUGAGGAGGAUGCACUGUUGUCUACGUUACGUGAUCGUGCUGCCGUUGAGCGUCUGCAACAUCAACUUUCAGCUGCCGUCACACUGCCCGCACAUGUUUCAAGGACUUCAGGGUGUUCCGCCGCCGCAGACAUAAGGACACCAUCCCUGUCAUCUCCCAUAUCGACAUCUCAGAAACGCUCUGUUAGGAAAGCCAACUUUCCAUUCACUCGGACACCCGGUCCCGUCCCAACAUCCCGCUUCGACGAGCCUUACGACGAUGACGAACUCAGUGAUGCUGACUCAGACGGGCUCGAUGACCUAGACGACUUAUUCCGUAUCUUAGCCACUACGCCCGCCACUCCCUUGGCCUCUAGCGACGUAGAGUUGGAUGUGGCUCAGAUGGACGUUGAUCGCCAUCCUUCAUCCGUGUCUCAGCUACCAACAGCUGCAUGUACACCUAUCGCUUCCACACCGCAUGUCAUCGACACUUCCAAGGAUUCCGUCUGGUCUCAUGCCGUCGAUAGCCACAAUCGCCUCAUCCGAGCCCUCCCAUCCAGAGUCAAUGACGAUCGUCUUCAGCAGUCCAGUCUCCAGUCGUUCUUCCCAAAACUCACUCGCGAGGAGGCCGAGACGAGACGCU